CCGGAACAUAUGACAAGAUGGCGGAAUGUGAAAACACCAACGAUGUGUCAGACGCAGGACCUCCGAAAUUGUGUGACUUGCUUGAUCGUGGGUGGAAAAUAUUUGAAGAUGUAGACAGUACAAACGAACCGCUCGGCUCUACCAGUAUCCAGGUGAGAGUUAAACGCGGUAUCAAAAUGUUAGAAGAAGCGUCUGGAAUGGUGGCUCAGCUCGACCUGUUCAGCCGCAAUGAGGAGCUGGAGGAGAUCGCCACGGCGGACCUGAGGUACCUGCUGCUGCCUGCUCUGUUAGGAGCCCUGACCAUGAAGCAGACCGGCCAAAACAAACGACUGGAGAUAGUCCAAACAGCCCGGGUUUACUUUAUGGAUUUUUUAAGGAGAUGUAAAGAGUAUGACAUAUCACAGUUUAAAUUGCCCAAUGUGACGAAUGAAAAUAGUCCUGAAGAAGCAUCAGAAAGUGGAUACUCGACACCCAAGUCUGUCCCCUGCCCAUCAGACCUGGUUUCCAUGGCAGCACAGAGACAAGCUAAGAUCGAGCGAUACCGCCAGAAGAAGGAGCUGGAAGCCAAACUGUCAGACGUACGGAGAGCUGUGAACAGCGGUCAGGCCGACGAUGAAGUCACUAGAGAUUUUUACCUUCUGAAUGUCCGGAGAUGGGUCACUGUGUGUCUGGAGGAAAUAGAGAGCAUCGACCAGGAGGUGGAGAUACUCAAGAGGAUGGAUGGUCUGAAGGGUGCUGUCAAGCAGCCAGCUCAGCCAGCCAGACCUCCCAUGAAACCCUUCAUUCUCACCAAGGAUGCUGUACAGGCUCAAGUGUUCGGGGCUGGUUACCCCAGCCUCCCCACCAUGACAGUGGAUGACUGGUAUGAUCAGCACAGGAAACACGGAGUUCUGCCUGACCAGGGGAUACCCAGGACGGUUCCUGUGGAGGACACUGAUUCAAAGGAGAGGGAAGAAGAAGAGAAAGAGAAGAGGGCUGAAAAUGAUGAUGAGGAGUCUCUGCUGAAAGCCAGAAACUGGGAUGACUGGAAAGACACUCAUCGCAGAGGUUAUGGAAACCGCCAGAACAUGGGCUAACUGAUCCCAACACAGUGUGUGUCCAAAAAGACCUGACUCUGUCUUCAUUUCUAUUCUAAUCAGUCCAGGAAGUGGACCUUCUUCACAAUUUUGAUCCUUAAAACUGUUGGUAUGAGAAGGUCACAAACCCAGAGACACACCACAGCAUUGCCAAAUAAACCUGCUGAGUUGAUUGACACUGCAGCUGAUCCACUGAUAUUCCAUUUUCUGUUGUCAGUCAUUAACAAAGUUGGAUUCAGCAGUCGUCUGUGGUGUUUUUCAAUGAAUCUUAGUAAAAAAUCUACAUUAUGGCUGGAUCUAAUGGAGCUCAGCCAUAAUGCUAAUGCUUCUGCUUUGUAUUGUGUAUUCCCCUAACACUGUCAUUGAAAAUAAAGAGACUGAACAAA